AUGAUAUCGACAGACCUGGCCAUGGGGAUCAUCUUUCUGUCCCAGACUGCACUGGGAAUGAUGGGAAACUCAGCCUUGCUUUGCUGUUUCAUCAUCAAUAAAUUCUCUGGGAUCAGGGCUCGGCCUACAGACCUAAUUGUCAAACACCUCACCUGUGCUAACUUCAUGGUUCUGAUCUGUAAAGGAAUCCCUCAGACAAUGGCUGCUUUUGGUUGGACAUAUUUUUUAGAUACCAUUGAAUGUAAACUUGUCUUUUAUUUUCAUAGAAUUGCCAGAGGAGUGUCCCUUGGGUCCACAGCCCUCUUAAGUUUCUUCCAGGCCAUCAUGAUCACCCCAAGUAAUGCCAAGUACAAAUACAUCAAAGUAAGAGCCAACGAUAUCAUUGGACCUUCUGUCAGCAUGUGUUGGUCUCUGCAAAUGAUGCUAAAUGGCUUCAUUCCUGUGCUUGUGACAGACCUGGGGGAUGGAAAAAAUGUCACUGAUUUUGGAGAUUUUCUAUACUGUGUUGUGACCAAACCUCAAAAUCUAACCUACGCAUUAUAUGUAAUCUUAUUGGGCUCCUCUGAUGUCAUUUGUUUGGCACUCAUGAUAUGGGCCAGUGUAUCCAUGGUGCUUAUCCUGCUGAAACACAAGCAGAGGGUCCAAUAUAUGCAUAGAGUUUUGUGUCCUAAAUCAUCUCCUGAGACCAGAGCCACACAAACCAUCCUUGUCCUGGUGAGCAGUUUUGUGUUCUUCUAUACAACAUCUGGCAUGUUAACGAUGUGUUUAACUUCUGUAAACGGGAUCACUAAGUGGUUGGUUAAUGUCAGUGUUGCAACAGCUGCGUGCUUUCCAGCACUGUGCCCCUUUCUUCUCAUCAGACACUACACCUCAGUUUCAAUGCUUUGCUGUACUUGUUAA